GUUCAGGAACUCCCAGUGUGAGGGUAUAAAAGCUAUGAGCUCUGACUGCUGAGACAGACUCAAACUAGCACAUCAGAAGCUACAAAGACUGAGAUCUUAUAGCAAGAGGCUACAAGACUCCAGGAAUACUCAAAGAAUUUGCAGUGCUCUCGUGUGUUCCAGCCUUCCUUCUGCACACCAAUGGCUUUCCACUGGCCAGUGCCAGUGCGCACACUGUGGCCAGAGACACGCUCCAUCUUCAUUCAGAUGGAGAAUGACAUCCUGAGACAAAUGGAGGAAAUGCAGAGAAGUAUGGACUUCAUGGAUCAAGUUCAUCAGCUGAUCUUUAAAAAGAUUGAGGCUAUUGCUCAAGGCACUAAGCUUUUUGAUGCCAAGCCAAUCCCCUAUAAGACAGAGAAGGAAGGAAACCGCUUUGCUCUGACGCUGGAUACCAAAGACUUUUCACCCGAAGAGCUGACCGUGAAACAGGUGGGACGGAAACUGCGAGUGACCGGAAAGCAUGAAGAGAAAGAGGACGAUGGAAAAGGUGGCUACGCCUUCAAAUACCAGGAGUUCAGACAGGAAUUGGAGCUGCCACAAGAUGUGAACCCUGAUGAGGUGACCUGCUCCUUGUCCAACGGGCAGCUACAGAUUGAAGCGCCAUGUCUGGCACUGCCUGCUGUGACUGAGAGAACUGUUCCCAUCAAUACCGACCCUGCUGUGAAGACCCAGCCAGAGAGGAGCACAGAGGAACAGGAAAUCACCAGCAGCACAGAGAAAGAACAGCAGGUGGAAAAACAAGAAGUUUGAACGGACUGGUGAUAUCUAAUGCUACUGCUUUUGUCUCUAUUUUUAUUAGUAAGAUAUAUAUAUAUAAACAAACACAGAGUCUUUUAAUACUGACUAAAUCAUUGUCAGACAAAAUGUUUAAAAAAACGUUGUUUUUUUAAAUAAAUAUACAUUUUGUUU